AUGGCUGGAACACCACAAAUGCAAACGGCCAUGAUCCAGUCCCAGAUUGCAGAGUACCCGGGCUCGUUACCGCUCACCGCGUCCGCAGCCGAGCAGGUUCCAGCCCUAGCAUCGCCCUACCACGUCCUCGUGCGCAUUCUAUCUGUCGCCCUGAAUCCCAAUGACCAUAAGAUGGUGACGAAUUUCCCCAGACCGGGAUAUGGAGCGGGCUGCGACUUCUGCGGAAUCGUGGAGCGUCUGGGUAACCUUACAGGAGAUAGCAAAGAAGAUACAGAUCUCGAUCUUGUUCGCCAGCUAGGCACGAGAGUAUGCGGGACUGUGUUUCCAUAUGCGCCGGUCGACGCAGGUAUCAACACACUCGCUUACCGCACGGGCGCAUUCGCCGAAUUCGUCGCUGUCGACGCGCUGCUCCUGCUGAGGGCGCCCUCUUCGUGGACGGAGCUGCAGGGGGCAGCACUUGGGGGAGUGGGUUGGUCGACCGUUGCUCUGGCCAUGUCUGCCAGGGACGCUCUGGCGCUUCCAGGACUUCCUUCAAUGCCGGCGGAGAAGAAGGUCCCUAUUCUGGUGUACGGUGGCGGCACGGCCACCGGUACUAUGGCAGCCCAGCUGUUGAACCUUCAGUACGGUUCUCUCUACACGGGCACCAACUUGAGCGAGUGCCUUGACACGAUCCGUGCUCUGACAGCUGACGGGCCUCCUCUGCGGCAUGCCCUGGACUGCAUCACCGACGCCGACUCGGCGUCGCUCUGCUUCGGCGCACUCGCCCGCACGGGCGGUCGAUACGCCUGUUUGGAAGGAUUCCGCGAGGCAUGGCGCACGCGCCGUGUUGUGGUGAAGGAAGUGAUGGGCUAUGAGAUGCUGGGGCGGCCGGUGGAUCUCGGGGGGCUAGAGUCGACGUACACCCGCGGGGUAAUUGAGGCUGCCAUAGAGAUAGGGCGUCGUUGGGCUGGGGAGAUGCAGCGUUUAUUGGAUGGGGGGUUAAUCCAGGCGCACCCUAUUCAGGAGAUCGUUCCGGAAAAGGGCGAAGGAAGCCAAAAAGAGAGUUGGGUUGCGGCCAUAACAUCGGGGCUGCACAUGCUGAUGGCAGGUGGUAUCAAGGGCCGUAAGCUUGUUGUCAGGGUUUCUUCUGUCGAGAGUGGUUAG